AGGAAACAAUAUCCAUUAAAAACUGGAAUAGAUUUCUGGGGCAAGAGUGUGAAUGUUUCCUGGCUCGGAUCCAGAAGUCUUAGGUGCUUAAUUGAGGAAUAGAGAGGAUUCCGAGUGCCGGCGCAGUGGAGAGAGCCCUGAGGAUUGCUUUACAAAGAAACUCGGAUUACCCGGAGCAAAGAAUUUCAAGACUGAUACACUUGGGAAAUUAAGAAUUUAAUUUUUUUUUAAUUAAGAAGGAAAGAAAAAGGAAUAAAGUCACUGGCUUUUGGAAGCCAGAGGGACACUGAUGACUUUGGCUGGCUGAUUUCCUCCAAGCUGGGAGUUUUUUUUUUUUCCCUUGGAUAUUAAAUUGCAGAUUUGAAGAGAUGACAUUUCUGGCAAUCCAAGUGUUGAUUGGGGCAUUUGUUUAUUCUGGCUGUGUAAAAGGAUCUUCACAGCCCCAGGCAAGAGUUUAUUUAACAUUCAAUGAGCUGCGGGAAACCAAGACCUCUGAAUAUUACAGUCUUUCCCACAAUCCAUUAGACUACAGGAUAUUAUUAAUGGAUGAAGAUCAGGACCGGAUAUAUGUGGGCAGCAAAGAUCACAUUCUGUCUUUGAAUAUCAAUAACAUAAGCCAGGACCCUCUGAGUAUUUUCUGGCCUGCAUCUGCAAACAAAGUUGAAGAGUGCAAAAUGGCUGGCAAAGACCCUACACAUGGCUGUGGAAACUUUGUGCGUGUGAUACAGGCUUUCAACCGUACUCAUCUCUAUGUUUGUGGAAGUGGUGCCUUUAGCCCAGUAUGUACAUAUUUGAACAGAGGACGCAGAUCAGAGGAACAAGUCUUCAUGAUUGACUCUAAAUGUGAAUCUGGAAAAGGGCGCUGUUCUUUCAACCCCAAUGUAAACACUGUGUCAGUUAUGAUCAAUGAAGAACUUUUCUCAGGAAUGUACAUCGAUUUCAUGGGUACGGAUGCCGCUAUUUUUCGUAGUUUGACCAAAAGGAAUGCAGUCAGAACAGAUCAACACAAUUCUAAAUGGCUAAGUGAACCUAUGUUUGUAGAUGCACAUGUUAUACCAGAUGGUACUGAUCCUAAUGAUGCAAAAGUGUACUUUUUCUUCAAAGAAAAGCUAACUGACAAUAGUGGUACUACCAAGCAGAUUCAUUCUAUGAUUGCUAGAAUAUGUCCAAAUGAUACUGGUGGACAACGAAGCCUUGUUAACAAAUGGACCACUUUCUUAAAAGCUAGAUUAGUAUGUUCAGUGAUGGAUGAAGAUGGCACUGAAACUUAUUUUGAUGAGCUAGAGGAUGUGUUUCUACUAGAAACAGAUAAUCCUCGGACAACACUCGUUUAUGGUAUUUUUACCACAUCAAGCUCAGUAUUUAAAGGUUCAGCAGUAUGUGUUUAUCAUUUAUCUGAUAUUCAGACUGUGUUUAAUGGACCAUUUGCCCACAAAGAAGGGCCAAACCAUCAGCUGAUUCCAUACCAAGGGAGAAUUCCUUACCCCCGUCCUGGCACUUGUCCAGGAGGAGCCUUUACUCCAAACAUGAGAACAACUAAAGAGUUCCCAGAUGAUGUUGUAACCUUUAUUCGGAAUCAUCCCUUAAUGUAUAAUCCCAUCUAUCCAAUCCACAAAAGACCUUUAAUCAUCAGGAUUGGCACAGACUACAAAUAUACGAAGAUAGCUGUAGAUCGAGUAAAUGCUGCUGAUGGAAGAUACCAUGUCUUGUUUCUUGGAACUGAUCGUGGCACAGUACAGAAAGUUGUUGUUCUGCCCACUAAUAGCACAGCUAGUGGAGAACUCAUUUUGGAAGAACUUGAAGUUUUUAAGAAUAAUGCUCCUAUUACAACAAUGAAAAUUUCAUCCAAAAAGCAACAGCUAUAUGUGAGCUCCAAUGAAGGGGUUUCCCAAGUGUCUCUACAUCGCUGUCACAUCUAUGGGACAGCUUGUGCUGACUGCUGCCUAGCAAGGGAUCCUUACUGUGCCUGGGAUGGUAGUUCUUGUUCCAGAUUCUAUCCAACAGGAAAGAGGCGGAGUCGUAGGCAAGAUGUGAGACAUGGAAAUCCAAUGACUCAAUGCAGAGGAUUCAAUCUAAAAGCAUAUAGAAAUGCAGCUGAGAUUAUUCAAUAUGGAGUAAAAAAUAACACCACUUUCCUUGAGUGCACUCCCAAAUCUCCACAGGCAUCUAUCAAAUGGCUGUUACAGAAAGACAAAGACAGAAGGAAAGAGGUCAAACUUAAUGAAAGAAUCAUUUCCACAGAACAAGGACUCCUAAUUCGUUCUGUCCAAGAUUCUGAUCAAGGACUCUACCACUGUAUUGCAACAGAAAACAGUUUCAAGCAAACGAUAGCCAAGAUAAACUUCAAGGUCUUGGAUUCAGAGAUGAUAGCCUUUGUGACUGACAAGUGGUCUCCCUGGACCUGGGCCAGUUCUGUCCGGGCAUUGCAAUUCCAUCCAAAGGAUUUUGUGGGGGCAUUCAGCCACUCAGAAAUGCAGAUGAUUAACCAGUAUUGCAAAGACACCCGACAACAGAGUGCCUCUCCACAAGGAGAUGAAUCACAAAAGAUGAGGGGGGACUAUGGCAAAUUAAAGGCUCUCAUCAAUAGCCGAAAAAGUAGAAACAGGAGGAAUCAGUUACCUGGAUCAUAAUUUUUAUUUCCCCUGUUAGUACAGUUGUUUUUCUUUUACUUCUUUAUGCUCCCAGUAUGUUGGUUCAUUUUUAUUUUCUCAGAGCAUACUUUGAGCAAAGAAUGUGUUGGAAUACCCAACAAAAUCUUUUACCCCCACCUGAAAAAAUGCAUUGCAAAUGAACUUAAACAUGCAUUUUCCUUGUAAAAUUCUGACUAGCACUAGGCUUAUCACAGUCCUCAUGGUGCAUAUAAAAUUUUAAUUUAACCCAGAGUCUAAUUUAUGAAUUACCUUCCCUUCCAAAACCAAUGUCGCUACCUACAGAAGUAUAACUAGAGUAUCUUUCAGUUCAGAUCAGGGAAGCAAUGUUUUGAUUUUAUUUCCCUGAAAUAUGAUUAUAAUUUGCUAACCAUUUUUAUGGUUUUAUAUAUGGAAACAUAUACCGGGUUUACAACUUUCAUUUAUACUGAAAAGUCACCAAGUACAUGGAGGAAAGAAACUGAUAAAUAUAUUGUAUAGCAGAUUUUUUUUAAGUUGAUAAAAGAUAUGUUGAAAAUUGCAUGAAUAAAUAAAUAGUACAUAAAGAAAAAUAUUUAUGUACUUUAAGUGAAACACUAUUUCAAAAGGUUCCAAAAAUUGAAUGUUCAGAUUGCUUGUGUGAAUCUUUGAAUAUUUAUUCCCUGUGAUAUACAUGCUUGCACCAAAGUAUAAAUGCAUCUUCAACAUCAUAAAGAUCUGUGAUGGGAGCUGUCCAAAGGAAUUAUAAAGAGGUAAAAUAAGAGAAGAAGAUGCAGCUCGACAUCCUUCUUCCCAAUUAGAACAGCCUGAUUUUUGAGCUGUUUUUUUUUUUUUGUUGUUGUUGUUGUGGUUGUUUUGUUUUGUUGUUGUUGUUGCUGUUUGUUUGUUUGUCCCAGACAAUAGACAUUUUUCUCACAGUGGACAAUGCUUCACAACUCCUUGGAAUAUUAUUCUUUGUAAUUGGCCAGUGUUAUCCUGAGUGGCAAAGUUGAUUUUAGAAUUUGGUCAUAUUUAAGGUGCCAAAGGAUGUAUUUUGGAGGGAAAAUGAAACAAAAAAGGAAAUGCUUCUACUUAACCCAUUUGUAGAAAAAUAAUUAAAAGCUUCUUCAUCUUUGAUUUUAAAAAAACAAUUUUUAACACUUUCAUGCAUUUAAAAAAUUCAGUUUUUAUCCAUGGUACUAUUUAUAUUAAUCUAAUUAUAUCUAAAGGUCUGAGCUAAUAACUUAGUACAUUAAAUACACUGGUUUUAGAAAUAGCUAUUCAGUAGCUAUAUAAAGUUGAAAUAAAUUCUCAAGCUUCCAGAUUUAUGUCAGAAGCACUUUUUGGAGGGAAUUGCUUAAUGUUUAUGGUUCCAUUAAGAAUAGUAAUGAGGGAGAAAAAGACUAAAAUGCAAUUUUCUCCUCUAUUCACACAUUUACUGAAAGCUCUUGAGUAAAAACUUCUCCCCAAUUCUUCCAUUUUUUGAAGUGGAAAAAUGACCUCACCAUAGACCUCAUCUAAUGUCUAGGACACUAAACCUAUUACUAUGAAUGACAGUCAAUAGAGAAAAAAGGUCCAAUGACCAUCCUACUUAACACUGCCAAGUUACAACUCUUCAAAGAUCAGUCAUUUCCAAAAUGAAUCUGAUCAUUGAUCAGGAUGUAAGCAUAUGUUUUAUUAUUUAAAUAGUUAUAAGUUAUGAUAUAUUAAUAUGGUGGUCUCACUUGGGCCUGAAAAUAGUAGGUACUUAUGGAAUACAGAAUAUUAGUAAUUAGGAUGUGAAAUUUGUUUUUUUUAAGACUGAAUACAAAUUUCAUGUUCCAAAAAUUAGUUUCCAAAGCUGCUUCAACUAUAGAUAUUUUGACUGUUAAAGAAAAUUUAAAUGUUAAACUAUUAUUUUCUUCUCUGUAAAAGUAGCAGAAAUGUGCAUCAGUAUCUAUAGAUAAUAAUAAUUUUUAAAAAUCUUCACAGAAGUUUCAAGAUCUCUGUACAGAAUUGAAAAAUACAAUUGCUUUAAGGUAAAUGAUCAGAGUAAUGUAUCCAGUUUCACUCAUAUCACAUAGAUAUAACCUGGUAGGCAAUAUGGAUGUUUAGUUUUGUAAUGUUAUUUGUGCUAUUUAAUAUCUUCUCUUUGGGACAUUAUUAAAAUGUAUAUAAUUUUAUUACUUUUUUAAGAAUCUUAUAAACUGCCAAAUGUAAAGAUUAUGCAUCUCCUUCCCCAAAAAUUUCUUUAAUGUAAAUUGUAUGUUGGUGGCUCCCUUUAUUUUUUAUGUGUAGUUUGUACAGUUUGCUGAUGUAAUAAUAUGUCUUUCACGAACAUUGGUACUGUAGAUAAAGUGUCCUAGAAAAACAUUUUUUAAAGUGCAGGUGUGUGUAUAGUUCUUAGCAUGAUGAAACUGUUAUUACGGUGAAUGUUAACUAUAUCUUCAAUAAGAAACAAAUGUAGCUAGCAUAGUAAUAUUUAAUUGAAUACCUAAAAUAUUAUUUGCUUGAUUAAAAUAAAGUGUGUUAAAAUCA